GCCCCCCAGGCCUGGGAGGACAGAAGAAACUUGGCCCAGGGCCCCUUGGCUGGCCUGUCAUGGCCAGGCUCUGCCCCAGCCUGCUGCUCCUGGUGGCCACUGUGGCCCUGGCGUCCAGCGCUGCCCACGCCUGGGGCACGCCGAAGGUGGUGAGGAAGUUCCAAGACAUCCCGAAGUCCUACGUGUACGUGCAGCAGGCUGUGUGGUUCGCCAUGAAGGAGUACAACAAAGCCAGUUCGGACAAGUUCGCCUUCAAGGUGGUGGAGAUCCUGAAGUCCCAGGAGCAGAUCACGGAUAGCUUGGAUUACCUCGUUGAAGCCAAGAUUGCCCGGACAACAUGCAAGAAAGUUCCAGGAGGAAGCGAGAACUGCUCAGAGCAGCAGGACCCCCAGAUGCAGAAGAUGUUUUAUUGCACCUUUAUUGUUGCGUCCAAACCCUGGAACUUUGAACUCAAGCUGCUGAAGAAGGAAUGCCGAUCCGUCUAGCCCUCCGGCGCGUCCUGCGCCCUGACGUGCCUCCGGAGAAGCACAGACGCCUGAGAACACUGAAAUAACACGACUGACAUGCUGCCUUCCCUCUUGUAGCCUUUUGCCUUUUUGUGCGUUCUCCGCGCGAGGAGGCGGAGCCGUGCUGCCUUUACGCGGUGGGUAAUUUCUGCAAGGCUCCGAGGGUGCAGUCGUGUGGGAAUGUCCAUCCGUGGGUUUCCAGACAGCUCCCUGCCUGGGACGCAGGAGCUCACGCAGCUGUAGACAGAGGUUUAAACCCCAAAUCCAAGCUGGGAGACAGCUGGGUCAUUUGCAGACUUGUGUUGUACUCUUGGUUUUGAAAUGAAGCAGAAAUUUGCCAGAGCGAUGGUACCUGGCAAGUAGGCUGCGUGUGUGUGUGCGUGUGUGUGCGUGUACCUGUGCGCACACAGUGGGAGGUAUAAUCCAGUGCUGCGUGACUGGCCUUGCCCUUGCUGCUUGAGCCAUUUCUUGUGUCUCUGUGGGGUCUGUGGGCCAGGGCCCUGCGGCAGCUUGGCUGGGGUCACCUUUCCCGAGGUCCCGCUCAGACUCUGAGAGCACCGCCCCAUCGGAAGGUGAGUUUGGCUCCGGGGAGCCCACCUGCAGGCUGGCUCGCUCUCACGGCUGCAGGGCGGUGUUGGCUGCUGGCAGGCGGUCUCUGUCCUCCGUGUGGGCCCCUCCGGGGGUGGCCGGGGGCUGCGUGUGGUGCCUGGUUCCUCCAGACACAGGCCUGAGAGACCAGCUGGAAGGCACAGCUCCCUCUGUGUCCGGCUUCAGGUGCCCCACCAGCUCCUUUUUGUGUUACUGGUCACCUAGAUUAGCUCUGGCUGGGUGGGGUCGGGGACACAGCAAGGUGUGACACACAGGAGUGUGGCUGCUCCUUGUAGUCGCUGCAAUUAGACAAGUUCCAACAGCAGUUCCUGGGCAUUGACUAAACAAAAAAAUGACUUUUGCCCUAAACACACUUCUAUACAUAAAGUACACACAAGGACAUACUGUGCGGCACGGGGAGCUGUACCCGGUGUUUUAUGAUGACCUAUAAUGGAAAAGAAUCCGCAAAAGAACGUACAUGCACACGGGUAACUGCAUCACAUGCUGCACACCGGAAACUAAUGCAGCAUUGCAAACCAACUAUUUGUCAAUAUAAAAAAAAGAAUGACUUUUCAGGUCAGGAAGCCCCCGGCUGUGA